ACUCACAGUAUCCCAAAAGUUUUAAAUACAUCCAAUGCUAAUCAAUGUGACAUAUAGGCCGGUCAUAAAUUCAUAUUAUAUAUAUAUGCAAUGUUAAUCUAGACCAUUGAGUUGCCACACAACAGUCCUCCAUUGAAUGCCAACAAAUAUAUAAAUAUAAAUAUAUAUGAGCUCUCACCCCACUUAAACUUCCUUUCUCCCCCAUGAGCUCCUCAACAAGAUCAUUGAAGAUAGGAAUUAUUGGGUUUGGUCCCUUUGCCCAGUUCUUGGCAAAGACCAUGAUCAAACAAGGGCAUCUUAUUAAUGCAACAUCAAGAUCAGACUAUUCUGAGAUUUCUGGACAUCUAGGUGUCCAUUUCUUUAGGGACAUGGAGGAAUUUAUGGGAUUAGAGCAUGAUGUGAUUCUGAUAUGCACAUCAAUUAUGUCUUUAUCAGAAGUAGUGAAGUCUAUACCAUUUCACUGCCUUCAAAGACAAACUUUAUUUGCUGAUGUACUUUCUGUCAAAGAACACCCAAAACAAGUCCUCCUACAGGAAGUUCCUGAGGACUAUGAUCUGGUGUGCACUCAUCCUAUGUUCGGGCCAGAAAGUGGUAAAUGUGGGUGGAACAAUCUGACAUUUAUGUAUGAAAGAGUGCGAGUGAGGGAUGAAGCUUUAUGCUCAUCUUUUCUUGCAAUUUUUGAAUGCGAGGGGUGCAAAAUGCUUGAAACAACUUGUGAAGAUCAUGACAGACUAGCUGCUGAGAGUCAAUUUAUUGCUCAUACCAUAGGCAGGGUAUUAUCAGAAAUGCAGAUUAAAAACACACCGAUAGACACAAAGGGAUUUGAGAAGUUGGUUCAAGUGAAAGAAAGCACAGAGAAUGAUAGUUUUGAUCUCUAUAGUGGUCUGUUCAUACACAAUAGGUUUGCCAAACAACAGAUGAAUAGUUUAGAAAGUGCACUUCAGAGAGUGAAGGGGUUGCUAGAAACAAGGAUGAACCAACAAGAUAGGAAGAAAAUAUCAUGAAAAGUUCUCCCCCCCUUUUCUGAAUAAAGUAGUAAGGCUACCCUCCCGUACGUUCCAUAUGCGUGGAAUUGCUUGCAGAAAGCGCCGAUACACCCAAAAUGGGGUUAUAAUGUUAUCUUAAUAAGCAUUCACUAGACCAAUCAAAACUCUUGCUUGCAAUACUUUCGGAGAUACUAGACCAAGAUCCAGUGCUUUUUGGAUAUCCUGGUAAAGGUACAAAACAUGUUAUAGUCGCCAAUCAAAACUCUUGUUAAUAACAUUUUGGCCAGCAGAAAGUAGAUUGAACUAUUUUAAGGUAUAUAUGUUAUGAGUAAUAUAUCAAAUUUUCAUCAAUAAA